CGGUGACUGAUAAGACCAGCAAGGGAUACGUUUCGAUACAGUGGUAAUUUUAUUUAUCAUAAACAAGUCAUUCAUUCUAACGCGUACACAUUGAUACAUUUAUUUCAUCGCUCUGCCAGGUGAACACAAGUGAAGAUGACGAUGCCGCAUGUAGGGGCAGUAUUUGGAGCAAUAGCAGGAGUGAUGGCCAUCUUGUUGCACUCCUCAAUCCACAAGAUAGAAGAAGGACAUCUUGCUGUGUACUACAGGGGUGGGGCAUUGCUGACUUCUCCCAACGGUCCUGGAUAUCACAUUAUGCUGCCUUUCAUUACCACCUACAGAUCAGUGCAGACUACUCUCCAAACUGAUGAGAUCAAGAAUGUGCCUUGUGGAACAAGUGGUGGUGUGAUGAUCUAUUUCGACAGAAUAGAAGUUGUUAACAUGCUGGUCCCCCUAGCAGUGGUGGAGAUUGUGAGGAACUACACGGCUGAUUAUGACAAAACUCUAAUUUUCAACAAGAUUCACCAUGAACUUAACCAGUUUUGCAGUGUACACACACUACAGGAAGUCUAUAUUGAGUUGUUUGACAUUAUAGAUGAGAACCUGAAGACUGCUUUGCAGAAAGAUCUAAAUGUUAUGGCACCUGGACUAACAAUACAGGCAGUCCGUGUUACCAAGCCAAAGAUCCCUGAAUCAAUCAGAAGGAACUUCGAACUCAUGGAAGCAGAGAAAACUCGGCUGUUAAUAACUGCACAGACUCAGAGGGUGGUGGAAAAGGAAGCCGAAACUGAAAGGAAGAGGGCCAUUAUUGAGGCUCAGAAAGUGGCCCAGGUGGCAGAGAUCCACUUCCAGCAGAAAGUGAUGGAGAAGGAGACGGAAAGGAAGAUCUCUGAAAUAGAGGAUGCUGCCUUCUUGGCGAGGGAGAAGGCUCGGGCUGAUGCAGAAUAUUACACAGCUGCCAAGACUGCUGAAGCAAACAGGGUGAAGUUAACUCCAGAGUACCUGGAGCUGAUGAAGUUCCAGGCCAUUGCAGCUAACAGUAAGAUCUACUUUGGACAGGACAUCCCUAACAUGUUUGUAGAGGGAACCAACAAUCCCCCUAAGUCUGGGCGCUCCCCUAAUCUGUCCAACGCUCAGCAAGACUUGCUUAAAAAGCAAGAUCUACAGUGAGUCUACAGCUCUGCCUCUGCACGGGACAGGACAACCUGCUGAGGACUUGUCUUGUCUGCGAGGUGGAGAGCACUGAACUGAAGAUGAUAAGUGGGGCAGCUUUGCAGCUAGUUUGGUGAAUAAUGCACUUCAGUCUUAAAUCUAAAUGGCAAAGAAAGCGUGGGGGGAAUGUAAGGACAAGUAGGGUUGAGAGCUAGGAAAAGGAAAGAUAAAAGGGAAAGUUUUUACCUUGUACUCUUUGGGUGAGGAUGAGUUUUAGGAAUGAGAAUGAUGCCAUUGUUAAAAAUCAGAAGCAUAAUAAAUGCUUAUGCCUGGGAAGGCGACAGCAAGUAGUCGCCCUAAUUUACAUGUGCUUGCAAUCAGUGCAGUGUUUAACUUUGCUGUUGGAUCUGCAUUCAUUUUGUUUUUUGUAUGCAAGGGGAGUGAUUUUGUGAUGAAAAUGAUUUUUGAGAAAUUAUUUCUGGUUGAGUUGAACUGGAAUCUAACAGGUGACACUAAUUAAUUAAAAGCGGUUAUGGUUUGUGUGUAAUGUGGGUAGGUCAUCUCUGUGCCAUCUUCUGUGACACUAAAUCACUAGUUAGCUCUUCUCUCUCAACACGAGUCAGUGUUUAACCACACCUCAUAUCAAAUGCUGCUUGUGGAUGAACUCAUCACAGGUUACAAACGGUAAACAUUUGUCAUUUACAACAUUUCCAGUUGACAUGAAAACUGAGCCAUGAAAUAUUUUAUUUUUUAAUGAUAGUGUUCUAAAUCAAGUGUCCUGACCUGCUAAAUUUUCACCAGAGUUUGCAUAAAGUUACAUACAAUCCUACAGAUACUCAAGUCUUUGAUGUUGGAGGGCUGUUAAUGUGUUCAGUUUCAAUAGUUAAUAUAUAGUGGUGUCAGAUUGGUAGUGAUGUAGAUUCUUUUCUGUUAGCUUGGUGAUAGUUUGCUGUUAUUAGUUGUGAUUGAGAGUGCAGCCCUCUCAGACUUGAGAUGCUGCACUAACACCUUCUGUGGCAUUUACUGUGCGAAAAAUGCUGCAAAUAAAAAGCCAGAUCUUCUCUUCUUAAAGAUGAUUAAUAAUUAAAUGUUCAUACUGGAGCAAAACAAUAAAGCAGGUGAUUUAUAGUGCCACAGGAGGAAGUUUUGAUUUGUAUUCCUCAUCAAGAAGUCAGAACAUCUUUCUUUCCUCCAUCUAGUUUUGAUUCAGGGCCAUGCAUGUGGAAAUGUGUAGUGACUUGAUUAGUAGUGCCUGCGAUCGUCUGCCAAAUCUGUUGUAAUACAGCUUAUUCACAUGUGGGGAACUGUAAAUUCUCAGGAAAUUGACUUAUUUUAAUAAAGCAGCUGCUCUAUGACGGACAGAGCUUCCACCUUUUUAAAAGUCGUCAAUUGUGCGAGAAAUAAUACCUAAAUAUUGUGACACAAUCUGGAAUUGAGAAAUACAAAAACAUCUGUUUGAUAUGAGGAUAAGCAAGGCUAUGAUUUCAUUUCGCUUAAAUCAAACUUUGUGUCUUUGCAAAUAUUUAAUGGGACGUUUUUAGUGCAUCGUCGCCAUUUUAAUGCACCAUCUAUUGACAGUGUCUGUGAAAUUGAGUAUUAUGAGCAUGCUUGUCAAAAUGGAAACAGUAUAAUCAAGAAAAACCUCCUUUCCACGGUCAAUGUUUACAUCUUUUUAUAACUCAAGAACUAAUGAACUGAAGUUUUUCUGUCUUUGCAGAAUAAAAACAAUUUGAAUGGCAACACACCGCUCCUAAUAACAUUAAUAUACUGUUAAAGGUACGUUGUCGGUACUCAUGCCUUCUUCUCCAAACUCGACUGUAGGUAACACACUGACACUGGUUUGGUAUGUCAUACAACCCAAUUUCAAAAUAUCUGAACUACCCCUUUUAAUGAGAAUUAGUUAACCUCUGAUCAUUUUUGUGUGAAGAUAUGAGUUCCAGUGCAACACAACGGGCUUUUCUCUAAUAAAAAAAAUGAAUGUUGAUAAAGCUUGGGCUUAAUUAAAAUGCAAGUUGGUGCUAGUUUUUAAUGUGUUUAAGCUUUUGGAUUUUUUCAGCUCUACUACAUAAUACUUCCACUUUUCAGAAUGCAAGCCUUAAAUAAUAAUGUAUUACCCCAGACUUUGAUUCAGUGAUUCCUAUAAACUAAAAAAAAAAAAAAAACUCCAUUUGAACUUAACUGUGAGACUUCUUAAGAGCUUGGAUGUACAUACUGAACUGUACGGCCUCAUCACAGACUCUCGCUGAGAAAGACUGAACUAGCAGUUGACACUACUAGUGUUUAGAAGAUGUAAUGUUUACUUGACCUAUGAAUGGCAUCUAAAGGCUGCACUCUGCAUUAGUUUUGGUGGUGGGUUCAAAUAAAGAUGCAAAAGGGGGUAUGAAUCACUCAUGAAAAUGAUUUUCUUUUUUUGUCAAUAUUUUGUACAAUCUGUGAAAUUCAAACAUUGUCUCCUUGUUUUAAAAGGUUUAUAUGCAAAAAUGUUUUCAAGUUUUGACAAUGUUCUUAUGUAAAAUAAAACCUAUUUUGGUA